GCGGUGGCGGCGGCGGCGGGGGGCGGUGGGCGGCGGGGCCAGCUUUGCCCUGCCAGGACCUGCCGGGCUCCAUUCACGCCAACAAGUUUGGGAGAAUGUUGAGUUCAAUCACGCCGGAGCCGCGAUGGAGCGCAGCGCACUGCAGUGGGUCGGCGCCCCGUGCGGCUCGCACGGCCCCUACGUCUUCUACAGGGCGUUCCGCUUCCAGCGGCGCGGCGGCGGCCGGGCGCGGGUCCUCUCCCUCGGUGACUUCUUCUUCGUGCGGUGCCGCGCGGAGGAGCCCGCCUGCAUCGCGGAGCUGCAGCUGCUCUGGGAGGAGCGCACCAGCCGGCAACUUCUCUCCAGCGCCAAACUUUAUUUUCUCCCCGAGGACACCCCCCAGGGCAGGACCAGUGACCAUGGCGAGGAUGAAGUUAUUGCUGUUUCAGAGAAAGUUACUGUAAAGCUUGAGGACUUGGCAAAAUGGGCACAGUCCGAUUUCUCCAAGUGGAAGUGUGGUUUCCGGGCUGAGCCGGUCAAGCUGAUGGAUGUGGGGAAGAAUGGGCAGAAGGAGGCUUUGAUGAGAUACAGACAAUCCACGCUCAACAGUGGCUUGAACUUCAAAGACAUCCUGAAGGAAAAGGCUGACCUUGGUGAGGAUGAUGAAGAUUCAAACCUGCUAAUUCUGAGCUACCCACAGUACUGUCGAUAUCGUUCCAUGUUGAAGCGCAUUCAGGACAAGCCUUCGUCAAUACUAACAGACCAGUUUGUCUUAGCCCUGGGGGGCAUUGCAAUAACCAGCAAGAAUCCCCAAAUCUUCUACUGUCGGGAUACAUUUGAUCACCCUACUCUAAUAGAAAAUGAAAGUAUAUGCGAUGAGUUCGCACCAAAUCUUAAAGGCAGACCACGCAAAAAGAAGCCUUGCCCACAGAGAAGAGAUUCAUUAAAUGGCAUUAAGGAUUCCAACAAUAAUUCUGAAAGCAAAGCUGUUGCCAAGGUAAAAUAUGAGGCUAAAUCAGCUUUGCCCAAACCCAAGAGUAACAACAGCAACUGUAAAAAAGGCUCAAGUGAGGAUAAAUCAAAGAUUGCCAUAGGUGAAGAAUGCAGAGCUGAUGAGCAGGCUUUCCUUGUGGCUCUUUAUAAAUAUAUGAAAGAAAGAAAAACACCAAUUGAACGAAUACCCUAUUUAGGUUUUAAGCAGAUUAACCUUUGGACUAUGUUUCAAGCUGCUCAAAAACUGGGAGGAUAUGAAACAAUAACAGCCCGUCGACAAUGGAAACAUAUUUAUGAUGAAUUAGGUGGUAACCCUGGAAGCACGAGUGCUGCUACAUGUACUCGCAGACAUUAUGAAAGAUUAAUCCUGCCAUAUGAAAGAUUUAUUAAAGGAGAGGAAGAUAAGCCACUGCCUCCAGUGAAACCUCGAAAACAGGAUAACUGUUCCCAGGAGAGUGAAGUGAAAACAAAAGUGUCUGGAACAAAACGCAUCAAAAAUGAAAACCAAAAGAGCAAGAAGGAAAAAGAUAAUGCACAGAAGCCCCAAGAUGCACCUGAGGUUUCAUCAGAACAAGAGAAGGAUCAAGAAUCAGCAGACCAGAAAAAUUUCCCUGAACACCCUACAGUGGGAGAGAUGAAACAACCUGUGCAUGGCCCUCCGUCUCUUUUACCAGAGACAGCUCGGCCACUGCCCCUGGAAAAGACAGACCUGACAGAAAACAGCACGAACAAUGAAAAAACUAAGGAGGAGGUUCAGCACUCGUCCUCUUUCUCAAGUACAUCCAUGCCCCCAGAAGAAGACACUGUUCUGGAUGCCACCAUCACAAAGCGAUUACACCCCCCACCAGAUGCCCUGGAGGACAAAAAGCCUGAACAAAGACUACACAAAGCUUUUACUGACAGCUUAGAAAACGAACCUGCAGAAAUGCCCUUCACAGCUUUCCCAGUCCAGCUGCCCACUCAGAGCGACAUGGAAGAUGACAAAUUGCCAGAGAUGGCCGAUUACAUCGCAAACUGCACAGUGAAAGUGGACCAGCUGGGAAAUGAAGAUAUCCACAAUGCUCUAAAGCAAACACCCAAAGUACUGGUGGUGCAGAACUUUGACAUGUUCAAGGAAAAAGAGCUGCCUGGGUCAAUGAACGAUGACUCCACUUUUGGUUACACACCGCUGCUUUACUCAAAGGGUAAUCCAGGCAUCAUGUCACCCCUGGCAAAGAAGAAGCUGCUGUCUCAGGUCAGUGGGGCAGCUCUGUCAUGCAGCUAUCCUUACGGUUCUCCUCCACCUUUGAUCAGCAAAAAGAAACUGAACAGCAGAGAUGAACUGUCCUCAAGCAUGUCGCAAGGUCCCCAUGCCCCUAAUUCUGAUCCUGUAGCAAUUAAUAGGCCCUCAGUCAUACAGCAUGUACAGAGUUUUAAAACCAAGGAAGAAAGGAAAUCAAUUAAUGAUGUUUUUAAACAUGACAUGCUAAGUAAACCAGAUCCUCAGCGCUGUGAUUUUUCAAAACAUCACCUCAGUUCUCUUGCCGAGUCAUACGUACCGAAGACAGAUGUCCAGGACUGCAAAGAUAAAAUGAGUGAGAAAAGGGGACUGCAGCACUCCCAUGUGCCCACUUUUUUGGCAGAUUUUUAUUCAUCACCUCAUCUGCACAGCCUUUAUAGGCACACAGAACACCACCUUAAUAAUGAACAGACAUCAAAGUACCUCCCCCGGGACAUGUUCAGAGAGUCUGAAAAUAUUUCUACUUUUACUCAACACAAACACCCAGAAAAACUAAAUUUAAAUUAUCGCCCAUCUUUGCAUCAGCAAGAAAAAAAGACAGCAGUGGAAGCCUCUUCAGAUGAUCAGCCAACAGAUUUGAGUCUUCCAAAGAGCAUACACAAACAGACUGCAAAGGCUCUGGGCUCCAGCCUGCCUCAUUCAUCCAUGGCCCAGCAAGAAGGCAAAGGUAUCUCCCCUUUCCAGUCUGCGAGCAGCCAGGCGGUGAGCCUAGACUGUAGUCCCAAAGCUUGCCGUGUGUCCCCCAUGGCCAUGACAGCCUCGAAGAAACACAGUGAGUUGCUCCACAGGUCUGGGAAGCAGCAGGCCCAGAGGCUGGAGAAUCUGAGGAAGAUAGAGGGGAUGGUGCAUCCUAUCAUCAGCCGCAGAACGAGCCCUCAAAACGUGGGGGCUGCCCGGCCUUUGAAACGGAGCCUGGAGGAUUUGGACAAAGUCAUUUCUGAAAAAAAAAUCCGAGCUGUCUCUCCUCUGCACUUACCAAAGGAGACCGCAGCGAAAGACAAGGUUCCCGACCCAGAGGGGGAAGGCAGCAAGCCGGUGCAUGGCCUCCAUUCUGGCAGCAUGCUGGAAAGCCACAAAUAUCCCCUUUCAGCCCCCAUCUUCCCAGGCUUGUAUCCGGGAAGCCUGUGCACAGGGCUGAACAAUCGCCUCCCGCCUGGGUAUUCUCAUCCCCUCCAGUACUUGAAAAAUCAGACCGUGCUCUCCCCACUAAUGCAGCCUUUGGCUCUUCAUUCCUUCAUGGUGCAGAGACAAUUCCUCACAUCCCCUGCAAACUCUCAGCAACUGUACAGACACUUAGCUGCAGCAACACCUGUAGGAAGUUCCUACGGUGACCUUUUGCAUAACAGCAUUUAUCCUUUAGCUGCUAUAAACCCUCAAGCCGCGUUCCCACCUUCCCAGCUAUCCUCUGUACACCCCAGCACAAAACUGUAAGUCGCCUCGCUCACAAAAGAAGGUCUGAGGAGAAAAGUUAAGUUAGUGACAUUCCUCCCCCUGUGACGAUGCCUCGCAGACUUAGCAAUCUGUAUUUUUGUCAACCAGGAUGCAGUCGUGUCUUGCCUAGAGGAGCGCUUCAGCGUUUGAUGGAGACAGGACUGCUUCUUUAAAUCUGGCUCCCACAUCAGUCCCCUCACCCUUUAUCCCUGCCCCAGAGAAAGAAAACCAACAACAAAAACAAAAAAAAAAAAGGGAGAAAAAAAACCAUUGGAUCUUGCAUAUGUGUUUUCUGAAAGGACUUGUAUAUGGUAAGAGCAGAUGUUCAAAGGGAGCCGUGGAAAUGCAGGCCCAGUCCUGAGCUCACUGAAGUCCCAUGCAAGGGCUGUGUUUGCCUUUCACUGAGCCGAGGACCAGAGGCCAUGCGCUGUUGCCAAUGACUCAAGGACUUGAAAUGAACCUGGAAAGGAGAAGUGGGCCGAGAAUCCAUAAAAUCAGUGGAUGUGCUUUUUUGGGUAACUUUUCCUGACUUUUAAAGAUUCAAUCAAUGCAAUGUAUAGUAAAACGGCAAUAGAUUCUUCAUUUUGACACUAUUAGAACAGAAGGGUAAACACUGUUCAGUUUGACUGUACAUAUCCACUUCGUAAACUACCAGUGUCACAUUUGGUCACAGUAAUUUAUAUAGUUCUGUUUGUCCAGUAUAUUCUGUGCUCUUUAUGUUUGGUUUUUUGUUUUUGGUUUCUUUUCUUCUUUUUUUUUUUUUUAAAUUAAACAGUAUCAUUUUAUCUGCAACUUUUUUUAAGGCUGUGGCUGUCCUAUUUUUUUUUCCUUUAUGUGUCUGUAAUUUUUCCAGUUUCUUUAUACUUUCGAGCAGCAUUUUUGUUUUGUUUUUGUGGUAACGUUUACUGUUUACAAACUGAAGCAACUGGUUAAGAUUAAUCUUAAUGGCUAUAAACAUACUGUAGGUAAUGUUAUGGUGCAAGGGUGCCAACAAGGUUCCUUUCCCCACGAUCUGCCCCUGUGAGGUGCAGAGCACCUCUUGCCCUCCUCCCAUAGUUGUGAUGGCUCCCACACCGCUUCUCCCCUCCCACUGAGUUUUGCUUUCCCGUAUCGUGGUCCAUGAAUUUGUCGAGUGUUGUACUUAACCUUACCUAGGCUGUGAAACCUUCCUGCCUACCAGAGAAACGGUCUAGAAAACAAAACCUCCCUGGCACGAGCUGCUGGAUGACAAAAGAGCCCAGAAAAUGGAUUUGUGGUUUGUGAGAAUGUCGAGAAUUUCAGAAAUCGGGACAGGGGCCAGGGCUGAUUUGGGUCAGAAGCUUACGGGUCCUGUGCCUCACGAGCAGGCUGGGGUAGGAUGGGUAGGAGAUUGCAUGCAGUGGUUGGGAUGGACCUUUCACACCCCCAAGGGUAUCUCAGCCUCUCCCUGGGCAUCCGUUUACAGGGGGAAAGCCUGGGUGUGUAAGGGCUGAGUUUUCCUAAAGAAAGAGCUUCCCUACGGCUGUAUAUUCACUUUGCAGGACAUCACCACAAUGCAGCCAAGCACAGACAUUGAUAAAGCAAAGUGUGACCUGGAGGCUUUUUAGAAUGUGAAAAUUGGUUGUGAUUCAAACCAUCUCAGUUACUGUUCAAAGACAGCAUAAUCAAUAUGAAAAGAAAAAUGGAAACUACUAAGAAACACUUUGCAUGCUAGGCAUGUCAUUAAAUUUUCCCGUGAUAUGAAGCCAAAUACAAUAUAUAAUGUAUCAUAUUUAAUAUCCAAAGGUGGAAACCAGAAUAAUAUACUCAUCUACUGUUAAAGAUCCAGCUUCUUCAAUUAAAUACUUUAUAUUCCUGUGGUAAAGCUAUAUUUAAAUGAUCAAUAAACAGACUAGUAGAACUUAGAACAUGGAUGUACCAGUGCAGAGCAUCCUGCUGCUCCACAAAUCGUACAGGAAACAGAACCACAGGCUCAUCCAGGCAGAGGCCACAGUGUGGAGGACAUCUGUAGUAAAGUUGCACUAGAUCUUAAUCAUGUGAGAAUCAGGGGUUUGGGGGUAGGGAGGAAGAGGGCGGGGGGAAGGGGAGAGAAUAUCGAAAUCUACAGCAAAUGCAAACAGAAGCUUGUUGUGUGUUUGGCAAAGCAGACACUUCUCUUCCGUCUUCUGGUUGUGUGUCCUGGAAUCGUGCAUUUGUUUAUGCGAAUUGUCUGAUUUCCCUUUUGGUCACAUCCCGUUGGAGUUCCAUGGUAGGCUUUUUGGAGCUGUGCUGGGGCAGCGCAGGGCUGGGGGACAGAGAGAGGGAGGGAAGGAUCCUUGCUUGCCCCAUGAGGAAGCUGCCAGCUGCUGGCUGGGGAAGCUCAUCAUAUACUGUGCGAAUAGUAAGG